GGGCGACGGCGGGUGACUUUGUCUGACUUUGUGGUUGAUAGUGGCGCCACGGCGCAUUGUGCAGAAAAACUAGUUGCGUCUGUGAUCUUAUUGUCACUGCAGCCCUUGAUUUACACUCUGUCUUGAAGUGUGUGUGUUUCUCUGUGUGUUUCUGUGUGUGUAGAAGUUGUAGCUGCUGUGGGAAGAGGUGGCCAAUUACUAGUCGUGCGGUUUUGCUCAUUGUAUUCUAUGCAAGGAUAAGCUUGUAGCAGUGGCAAAGAUUUCGAGGGGGAAAGGCUGAUUUUCCUUGCCUCCUGGGACUGUGAAGAGAGUUAGUAAGUCGUGUUGGAAGAUAUCAGGUUUCUUGGUCGUGAAAAAGAAGGAGAUGUUGCUGAUACUGGAUGUAGACCAGGCCAGUAGCAGUUAAUGUCCACUUGGACAUAGGGCCGGGGAGGUUCCCACUGUUUGAAGGCAAGCCACUGAGUUGCAGUGGCAGAGCCUGUUGUAGGACCCGGCCAUGUCCUGUUGCUCCAUUUUGGUUCAUUUAUCUUGUCCUUUAAUACCAAUUUACUUCAACAUGCAUGUUAGGUAAGAAUUAUAGGAAGAAUUACAGCGUUUGUACUUGUAGACAGGAGUCAAAAUUGAUUAAUUUCACUAUUCAUAGUGGUUACUGUCUUAAAUAUGCUAUUGUUCGAUGUAGUAGGAAUCCUACAUUUUCAGACAGCACAUAUUCAGUAAAGGAAUUCCUAUCAUACUUUUCUCAAGGAAGGCCUACUAAAUAGAGAUUUGAAAGAAUAGAUUUAUCAGAUGCAAUCCAAUACAUCUUGUAGUAGAAUUAGAAAACAUAGCAAUUUUAGCAUAGAGAUUCUCUUGACACUAGAAUUAUAAAUCAUAGUCUGUCCUGAGGCUGUGUAAUAGAAACAUGCAAUGGUUUGGGUUGGAAGGGACAUUAAAGAUCAUCUAGUUCCAACCACUCUGCUGUGGGCUGGAACACCUUUUACUGUGAUGCCUUUUACUAGACCAGGUUACUCCAAGCCCCAUCCAACCUGACUGUGACCUUGACCACUUCAGGGAUGAGGCAUCCACAGCUUCUCUGGGCAUCCUGUCCCAGUGCUUCACCACCCUCUGAGGGGUUCAUGCACUGAGUUGAACAGUGCAGGUUGAAAGCUGAGUAUGUAAAUAAUGUUUCCAACAUGUCUGUGCAGUCCCUGCUUUGUGAAAGAAUUGCUGUUGCCAAAGACUUGAUUAAGAGAGCGGAAGCCCUUUCCAAGUCCCAGAAAAGGAGAAUAGAAGGUGGGGCAAAGCUAUGUGGCAAACUGAAGGCCGAGCUAAAUUUCUUACACAAGGUAGAGGCAGGGAAAGUGGCCAUUAAAGAAUCCCAUCUGCAGAGUACAAACCUUACCCACCUCCAAGCCAUUAUUCAAUCAGCAGAGAACCUGGAGGAUGUUGUCAGCGUCCUCCAUGUCUUUACUUACGAGGACAGGUUUGGAGACAAACAGACGCUGGUGGUAGAUGUCGUCGCCAAUGGAGGUCACACAUGGGUGAAGGCCAUCGGUCGUAAAGCCGAGGCCCUGCAUAACAUCUGGCUGGGAAGAGGACAGUAUGGUGACAAAAGUGUCAUUGAGCAGGCAGAGGACUUCCUGCAAGCAAGCCGUCAGCAGCCAGUGGAGUACAGCAAUCCCCACAUCGUCUUUGCAUUCUACAACAGUGUGUCCAGUCCUAUGGCAGAGAGGCUCAAGGAGAUGGGAAUAUCUGUGAGAGGAGAUGUUGUUGCUGUGAACUCACUGGUAGAGCCAUCUGCAGAAAAUGAGCAUCUUAACUCCAGUGAAUCAGAUGAAGAAGGCCCUGAGCUCCUGCAGGUGACAAGAGUAGACCGGGACAAUUUAGUGGCCAGCAUUGCUUUCCCUACCCAGAUUAAAGUAAACGUCUGCAAUAGAGUUAAUUUGGACAUCACUACCUUAAUAACCUACGUCUCUGCGCUGAGCUAUGGUGGCUGCUACUUUGUCUUCAAAGAAAAAGUGCUGACCGAGCAAGCAGCCCAAGAAAGACGGGAGAAAGUCCUGCCUCAGCUGAAGGAGUUCAUGGAGGGAAAAGAGCUCUUUGCCUGUGAAUCUGCUGUCAGAGAUUUUCAGUCCAUCUUGGAAACACUAGGAGGACCUGGGGAGAAAGAGCGAGCUGCAUUACUUGUUAAAAGAAUUAACGUGGUGCCAGAUCAGCCCUCUGACCGUGCCUUAGGACUGGUGGCUAGUUCAAAAAUCAACAGCCGCUCUCUAGCCAUUUUUGGGACAGGAGACACUUUAAAAGCCAUCACCAUGACUGCAAAUAGUGGGUUUGUGAGGGCAGCGGCAAAUCAAGGUGUUAGGUUCAGUGUUUUUGUCCAUCAGCCACGAGCACUGACAGAAAGCAAAGAAUCUUUUGCCACACCUCUACCGAAGCACUGCCCAUCUGAUAAUGGAGUAUAAGUCAUUAAAUGAGUUGGUAAUGGAAAUACUUCAGGUACUGCAUUGGAGACAUUUGGAGAUACAGAAGAACCAUAGCAAUGCAGUUUUGGGUGUGUAUCAAUGAUGAUACUAGCAGUGGAAGAGCUCCUCAAGGGAUUUGUAAUAUCUUUACUCCUUCCUUGAGGUUAUUUUUUUGUCCAGCUGACCAUUAAUUUAUUCACUAAAGUAAUAAGAAUUCAAUGACAAUUGUUAACUGGCUUACAAUGUAUUGAUUGUAUCGAUCCCCAUUAAAAAGUUCAGUUAAAGCACA